AACUACAUAUUUGACUCACUACAACCCAGGCGAGCUCGCACUCCAGCUUGGUGUUCAGUGUGGUUCAGACGCUCCGAUCCUUUCAAUCAGUUUUCUUUUGUUUUUGCUUUGCGCGGACACCACCACUAAACAGCCAUGGAUGCCAUCAAGAAGAAGAUGCAGAUGCUCAAGCUCGACAAGGAGAACGCCUUGGACAGAGCUGAGCAGGCCGAGUCAGACAAGAAGGCAGCUGAGGACAGGAGCAAACAGCUUGAAGAUGACUUGGUGGCACUGCAGAAGAAGCUGAAGGGAACUGAGGAUGAGUUGGACAAAUACUCUGAAGCUCUGAAGGAUGCCCAGGAGAAACUGGAGCUUGCUGAGAAGAAGGCCGCAGAUGCUGAGGGUGAUGUAGCUUCCCUGAACAGACGUAUCCAGCUGGUUGAGGAGGAGUUGGACCGUGCUCAGGAGCGUCUGGCCACAGCUCUGACCAAGCUGGAGGAGGCUGAGAAGGCCGCUGACGAGAGCGAGAGAGGAAUGAAGGUCAUUGAGAACAGGGCAAUGAAGGACGAGGAGAAGAUGGAGCUGCAGGAGAUCCAACUGAAGGAGGCCAAACACAUCGCAGAGGAGGCUGACCGCAAAUACGAGGAGGUGGCCCGUAAACUGGUGAUCAUUGAGAGUGACUUGGAACGUACAGAAGAGCGCGCUGAGCUGUCUGAGAGCAAAUGCUCUGAGCUCGACGAGGAGCUGAAGACCGUGACAAACAACCUGAAGUCUCUGGAGGCUCAGGCAGAGAAAUACUCACAGAAGGAGGACAAAUACGAGGAGGAGAUCAAGGUUCUUACAGACAAGCUGAAGGAGGCUGAGACUCGUGCUGAGUUCGCUGAGAGAUCAGUCGCCAAGCUUGAGAAGACCAUUGAUGACCUGGAAGAUAAACUCACGCGUGCUAAAGAAGAAGGCCUGAGCGUAAAGCAGAUGCUGGAUCAGACUCUAAUGGAGAUGGUUAACAUUUGACCCAGCUCUGUUCCUCUGCCCCACAUUGCCUCAUCUGCUCUGAAUAUGGCUGGCUCCCAUAUACAGCUGCUACAGAUAAUGUUGGGCCUCGUGUUUAUGUGUUCUCUGACCUUGUCAUCCUGAAGAUAUAAGCUCUACACAAAGUAGCACAAAACGGCUUCUUUUGAGCUACAGUUAAACGACACUGUUUCCGUUACACACUGUAAUCAAAGGUCAGUUAAAAUCCACUGUACAUCUUUAAUAGGUUUACAUGUAUAUGUUGGGAGAAUUUGCACUUUUGUGGGUAAAAAUACAGUGCACAUUCAUUGUAAACAAAGCCAUAUGUUAAGCCAAGGUUAUAUAAAAGGGACUUUUAUUAUGUGUACUUUUGUAAAGUUGCUUGUGUCUUUGUUUCUUCUGUAUUAUAAACAUUUAUUCAGUGUCAGUGAUGUUCCAGUUUGGCAAGGAAGGUAUUCUUAGCACUGUUACUUGAAUGUACUGUUUGUGUUCAGCAAAAUGAAAGAAAUGUUUGCACACUGUACUCACUUUUCUUUUCAUUUUGAGGAACAUAUUUGUUUGUUUCUCCCAUUUUAUCUCGGAUAUGUAAAGAUCAUGAAUAAAUGGUAGAAUGAAGUAUAAA